UUUUCUGCGGGAGCGUGGAUAUCUGAACCCGUAAUUUGUUUGUAUAUGUUUGCUUACAGCGUUUUGAAUUUUCAGAAUCAUGUCGUUUGAUUUACCGAGAUGUUUUCUUAGAUGAUAUUCCACACUUUUGUUAUCAUGUUUGAUGACAGAUGAAUGAUAUAUAAUAAUUGGCCCCUUGUUUAUUUCUAUAUUGUUUUGAAUCAACAAAUCUGCAAAAAUGUCUAAAGACUACGACUUCUUGUCUGCUCUGUUGGAUGAAAUAGCCUUGGAAGGCUUGGACGGCAUUACUCUUGAAAUGCUGUGGCAACGUCUAAAAGAUCGCCCUAACUUUUCUAUCCCUGUGGAUGAAGAUUCUAAGAUUUUCUUCUGGAAUAUAGUCGCGAUGCACAAAGAUCUUGAGAUAUAUAAGCUGCCAAAACCUCGUAAAUUCUAUCCUAUCUACAACAGAUAUGACCAUAUAGAUCCUGAACUUGGCGUCGUUGUUGAACCUGAAAAAUUAGAUCCGGAUCCAUAUUCUCCUAUUGUGUCCGUGGAUAAAGGGGACAUACGAGGAUCAUGUUCUACUUUUAAGACACGGAAGCGCAUUACUUCCGAAAUACGGGCUGAUAAUGUUUUGCUUAUGUCGUUACAGGAUGCAGAGGACACUUGGGGAGAUUCAUUAGUUAUUGUUGCAUCUCCCAAACUUCGACUCCUAUCAUUGAUUGGAUCUGUCACCAAUCCCCUUGUUGAUCUGUCUACUGAAGCUUAUUGUCUUUUGGAACGCAUAGGGCGGGCGAGGUAUUUAGGUGAAGUAACCCAAGGCGAGGGAGGUCUUCUGAGCUUAAAAGCUGCUUUUUGUAAGCAGUUGCAUUACUACCGAAAGAAGCUAACCUUAAAGGGCUUAGUAACCAAACAAAAUCACUAUAUGAAGAAUAAGAAAGGCACAACAUGCACUGGUAGCUUGUUCCAUUUGACCCGUUUUUAUGUGCAGCGCAAGACAAAAAUGGCUGUUUGGAUGAAGUGUUUGUGUGACAUAUUGAAAGAUAAACCACAGAACCAAGAGGCUUGCAAAGUUUUGAAAGAAGAGAUGAAAAUUCCCGAUAGGACUUUCAAGAAGCUGUUUUAUCGACCUUUUCAAAAAUGGGUCAGACUUGUUUCCAUUCCUUGUCAAGAUUUUUACCCUAAUGGAACUCAUAAAGAAUGGUUUACUGUGAAUGGGCAACCCAAGUACGUUAAAGUUUGUCAGCUUUUGAGACACUGUGAUGAGGAAGUUCAAGAAAAAGAUGAAGAAGAGGUUAAUGAUAACAAGGCUGGAACUUUGCCAACAAAUAUUCAUUUCGACUCAUCCAAGCUAUACUAUGGAGUGCCUAUAGUUCAUCAAAUUUAUGAGCAUAUAAAAAAUGCUGGUCCAGAAGGCGUCAGUGGUGGAGACUUGGGAAGAGCCACGACAUUGCCUAGGUUAGAUGUUCGUGGUAUAGUGACUCUUUUAUUAAAAAAAGGUCACAUUACCUCAAUACUUCAAGACAGGGGGAGGCAAAAAGUGAACAUAUAUAUUGCCCAGAUUUAUGCAGAUCAGAAUAAGGACUAUUCAACUCUCAAGGAUCAAAAUAUAUUGACCAAGAAAGCUGUUUUAAGUAAUGGAGAUAGUUUAAAUCACAGGUCUAAGAAACGCAAAAACGGUGCGGUUGAUGAAGUAAUAGAUGAUGCUGAUGAGCCACCAACGAAAAGAACUCGAAUUAAUGAAAAUACUGAGGAAGACUCUGUUCAAGAAAGUGAUAAUGCAAAUCAGAUUGCCAAACCAAAGGUUUGUAAAGUUGAUUCAAAUUACCAAAAUAUAGUAUCGCAAGUUCUUGAAUUGCAAAAUGAAACACAUUUUACUGGAAAAGCUCCAAAAGUUGUGAGCUUUUCUGAAAGUCCACGAAUGCCACCUCCUUAUGCCGGCACUACUCAACUUACUUCCCGAAAACUGAAAAGAUCCAAUAUGAUUUUGGAAUACUUAAGUUCUGAGCGGCUUACUACUCUCAGUGAUUUGCAGAAGCGUAUUGUGGAGAAGGAAAGAGAAGAAGGUUAUAGCUUCAAAUUAGACAAGAAAUCCACCGCGAGGCUUGUGUAUAGCUUAUACAAUAAUAAAAAGAUCAAAAUAUUUAAAGGUGUAAUCAAAUUAGAUGACGAACAAACUGAAAUAGAAUUCAUUUGCGACAAUUCAGUUGAGAAAUCCGAUCCUCUUAUACAAGUUGCUAUUGAGCAGGCAAAAUUUAAAUAUUUCGGUGUUUCUAAAAAAGCAAAUGGCAAAGUAACUCAUGGUAACAAACAGGUGAAUUCAUCCUCUGUUAGUAGUAAUUCUUCUCCUGGUACAAAUAAGAAUACUACAAUUAAAGAAAAACCAGGCAAAAAGCAUGUAACGAAGCCACCACCGGAAAUCAUUAUUAAGUAUCCUCGCAUGACUCCAAAGUUUUUGCGCGCUAAAGCCUUACACUCAUUUCUAUUUUAUAUUGUUUAUAAACAUAAAGGAAAUCCUGGUAAUAGUGAAGAACAGGUUAUUUACCAUGAUGCUUUAAACUGGAGAAGAUUCGUGCCUCCUCUUCUUGAACGAAUUGGAGAAGGAUGGGUGUACCUUUCUGAUAUAUACUCCCGUAUGCCCCUUUCUUUGUUUGUCAAAAUAGUCCACUUUAAUCAUGGAGUACCUGGUUUGAAUGAGUACUUGGAAAAUGAGGAGAAAUCCCAUUACCUUAUCAAGUUUUUGCCUCAGAAUUUGCGCAACAGCCUAAUGAAUAAUCGCAAAUACUUAUUUUCAACUAAUGAGGUAAUAAAAAUCUUGUGCUAUUUGGGCUUAGUGUCACUGGGACCUUCAGCUGGAAAGCAGAAAGAUCAGCUAUUCCUCUAUGUGCACAAACAUGCAAGUGUAAAAGACACCACGAUUUCACCUUCAGGCUAUGUACAUAUAAAAGAGGAUUUGAACUAUGAAGUGAAGUCCUAUACAUUUGAAACUGAAGAUGAUGUAGAGACCUUUUGGCUUGAUUUGGAAAAUAUUGCUUUUCAUACAUCUUUAGGAAAAUUUAGUGCAGCUGCUGGCAAAACUAUCCGUAUCACAGAAGCCGAUUAUAAGCCUGAGCUCAUUUCAGCCUUGAAAAACAAACACUUUCACGAGGUUGUGGAUGCUGGAAAGAUUCCCGGAGAUGGUUUGGGCGCCGGGGGUUUCGAUUCCAGCUUGUACAUGCACUGCAGACGAAACUGGCAAAACACCGCCACCACCCAACCAUCUAGAAAUUCCCAGACACCUUAUCAAAAGGGAGAUACAGCUUUAGUUUCCAUACAGAAUCUGCUGAAACACAAUGAGAAAUCCAGUACAGAAACGCGAACCAGAAUGCAAAGGUUAACAAAGAAUGCAUUCUUAACACAGAAGGACAAUAGACUAACUACGAACAGGCCAUCUGAUAAAAAGAAAGCUACUGUAAGCCCAGUAAAAUUUCCUAACAAAAGAGAUAGAACGAAAAUUCGGACAGUUAAGGUGCGCCAUACUAAAAAGCGUGCUCCUUAUUAUGAUGAGAAGGAUAAAGCUGCCAUGAUGAAGAUGGAUAAGGCACGAUGUACUUGGACAUCCCAAGAGGACAGUUUCUUGUUGCUGUGUAAAGUUGCAUCAUCUUUCCUAGAUCCUCAUUAUUGCAAAAACUUGGUCGUGCCAUAUACUGUUGUAAGAGAUCUCUUAUAUAAGCAGGUUCCAGAGAUUUCCGAGAACAAGACUUCAAGGGCAUGUCAGCGAAGACUGCGUUAUAUGAUGUUGAAUCCUGAAACAAUUAAUAAUGUUAAUGUGUUUUUAGGUGAGGCGCUUCAAGAUGAUGAGUUGGUAAAAGAAUUCAGUUUGCCGAAACCACCAAAAACUAAUGAAGAAGUAUGGGCGUCUAUGUUCACUACAGUCGUCCAAAAGCUUCUGGAGAAAUUCACGUCUUCUGCAACAGAACGUUGUAAAAAUUUCGUGCUACCCAACAGCAGAGAAGAACUAGAAAAGUAUUAUGAGUUAAAAUCGUAUUAUAAAACCAGUCAUAAUUAUAAGGAUCUAUAUAAAUCUCCCAAAAGUGUUGAGGAUAUUAAGAAGUUUGUUCUGUCAUCCUUAAUACUAUCGGCAAUGGCAGUCACAGAUGACACUGAAUGGUCUUACCUUUUGCACAAACUCUAUCAGUGCUUUCCUGACAACUAUAUAUCUUAUGCUGUCACUUCUCUUCGAAAGGCAGGUAUCCUUGCUGUUAAAAAAAGAACAUACAGAACUGAUUUAAAACGUUCUCUUCAGUCUUCUGGUCCAUACAAGUUCUCAAUUAACUACAGCAAUGCAAUGCUAACCAAAUUUCCAGUGAAGAUAUUUAGAGAAGCCGAGAGACUUUUCUGUAAGCUAAAAUCUCUAGAACCAGGUCUUGAUGAAGAACUCAUAGGAGACGUACCUCCUGGCUGUGCAGCUGCUGUUUUGGCUCUGAUGCAAACAAAGCAGCUAUACAUUGAAACGAGGAUACCAUCACAGAUUAUUUUAUUUGAUUCUUCACUGAGCAAAGAGGUGAGAUCGAACAUUGUUGAGAGGAUGAUUAAUACAUUAAGCGACAAAGAAUCUACUGAGUUGUCAAGAUUGUUGAAUGAUGAAAACAUUCCAAACAGCAAAGAAGACAAAGCUAAAAGUCAAUCAGCCAUGGCUUGUGAUGAUAUGCCCUGUAUAGAUGAGAUGUCAACGGACAAUUCUCAGAUGUCUGAAGUUCAACGGUUCGCCAGUGCUUCUAGAUUUGCUUUAUAUUUGUUGCGACAGGAGAUGUCACAGCCACCUAAAGAGAGAGUUCAGCACGCCCAAGAUUAUAUUGUUUUAAAUUCUUGCAGUGUAGUGUGCCACUUGGAACAAAACGAUGAUGUGCCAGAUUUGCCAAUUAUUCCUGCGGACAUUAUUGAAAAUCCUUCCGAUCAAAAUGUAUCAGAAAUAAGUAAAGAAGCUGUUUGUAUAACAAAAGACAAAAUGCUGUUAAGUGGCGAUAAAAUAACAGAAAUCUCACAACUGUUGGUGCAGUUCAUUCCAUCUUACGUUUUCCUCAAGAAUCAAAACUACUUAAACAGAAUCGGAAUUGUGUAUAAAAAUUAUGAUUCAAAUACGCUACUCGAUGCUAGACAUAUUUUUGAUGCUAUUUAUACUUCUGGCGAAAUUGGAAUUACCGAGAAAGAAAUCUGGAAAAAAUUUAGGGUCCUUUCGGGCACUCUCUCGAUACCUGAACACCUCGAUAUUUUUAGGAAAUCGGGUCUUGCAAUACGUGCUGGUAUAGUUGAAUUUAAUUAUGUGUGUGGUUGUUUUGCAAGGAACUAUGUAUUGCCAACAUUCCGUUCAGCCUCUUUGCCAACCAAAAGUAAAAAUUAUGAUACAGAUUAUAAUGAAGAAUCAGAUUCAGUAUUAGAAAACACAAACCUACCAUAUACGGAAACGAACUCCGAAUCAAAUAAUGGCCAACCUGAUCAGAGUAUGUGUAUAGAUGGCAAUGAUAGACUGCAAAUAUCUUCCAAAGCUUCCAGAAAUAAUAUACCAUCAUCAAGCUUAACUGAAACUUCUUAUUUCAUCCCAAGAACUUGGCGCAAUCCUAAUGGUAGUUUAAACAAACCUACGUUUUUCAGUUUACUGUCCACUGUGUUGAGUCAUAUAAUUAGCAACCCUGGUAUUUCAUCAUAUCAAGUCUGUGAACAGUUUUCUGUUACAUUACCGCCCGUGCAGACAUUAGAAUUAAUUGAAAUCUUAGAAAAAGCAUCUUGUGUUUAUAAGUAUUAUUGUAAACCAUUGAAGAAAAAAUCCCUAUUUUCUUCACCAAGAAGUAUUUCAGUUACUAAAAAUCGUGAAGCAGAAGAUGUUGAUCAUAUCGAGCCAUUUCCUGACGCUGUGUGCAAAAUUGCCGAUUUACGUUGUGUUAUCGAUUAAUUAUAAAAGUAUCUGUUGUGUUUUGUUAUAAAUGUCUGAUGCAUUAAAUGCUUUUAUAAUUAUAUGUAAUUAUUUGUACAAUUAAAUCUGCAUGUAAAUAUAUGAACAUCUAUUUUAUCAGAAAUCUGCCGUUUUUUUUUUUUUUAAUCUUAAGUUUCAAUGUUUAGAGUAGGUUGAUUUUAUAAUCGUGCAAUAUACUUUUAUUUUUGUCUGAGACGGAACUACUACGCAAUGUGUCAAAAUAUUUAAUUUAAUAGUUUUGAAGACCCCCGAGCAACACACAUUAAUGGAAUGAAAAGUUAUAAUAAUUUGUUUUUCCUAUCCACAACAGUUUUCUUAAAAAUAAAAAAAAAUGUGGUGAAUUUUAUAAUUUUCUUAAUUAAAAUAAUUUUGUUCAGUCAAUUAAAUUGAAAUUUUUUUCGAUAAAUGUCUCAUUAAUGUGUGAUAUAUUAAUUUUUAUUCC